AUGAAAAAUUAUUCAAAAGCUAUUUCAUUAUUUGAACAAGCAUUAACCUUACAAGAAAAAUUAUCACCACUAAAUCAUCAUGAUUUAUCCAAUACUUAUAAUAUCAUUGGUAUAACAUAUUACAAUAUGAAAAAUUAUCACAAUGCACUUUCAUUUUAUGAAAAAGCUUGUACAAUUCGUGAAAAAUAUUUUUCUAAUGAAAAAUCAACAUUAGCAACUAUAUAUAAUAAUAUAGCUGUUGCAUACAAUGCUAUCGAUGAUCAUUCAAAUGCAAUAUCAUUUUAUGCGAAAACAGUUUCUAUUCGUGAAAAAAAUCCUAAAGAAGAUGAAUCAUCAUUGGCUAAUAUAUACAAGAGUAUGGGAUUAAUUUAUCAUUCAAUGCAAAAUUAUUCGAAAGCUAUCAUUUAUUAUCAAAAAGCGAUACUAAUUGAAGAGAAAAUACUUUCUUCAGAUGAUUCAUCGUUAGAAACAACAUAUAAUAAUAUUGCUGUUGCUUCUCAUUGUAUGGAAGAUAAACAAAAUGCUCUAAUAUUUCAUCGAAAAGCAUUUGUUAUACGAGAAAAAACUCCUUCUCCGAAUGAUCCAGCAAUAGCUUCAACUUGUAAAAAUAUUGCAUCAAUAUAUCAUUCAAUGAAAAAUUAUUCUGAAGCUAAUAUAUUUUAUCAAAAAGCUUUAGCUAUUCAAGAAAAAAUACUUUCUCCAAAUGAUUCAUCAUUAGCUUCAACGUAUAUAAAUAUUGCAUCAAUACAUCAUUCAAUGAAAAACUAUUCUGAUGCUGUAAGUUUUUAUCAUAAAGCUCUAACAAUAUUAGAACAAACAGAUUCUCCACACAAUUCAUCUUUAGGAAUAACAUACAAUAAUAUUGCUGUUGCUUCUCAUUGUACGGAAGAUAAACAAAAUGCUCUAAUAUUUUAUCGAAAAGCACUGGUUAUACAAGAAAAAACUCUUUCUCCGACUGACCCAGAAAUAGCUUCAACUUGUAAAAGUAUUGCAUCGAUAUAUCAUUCAAUGAAAAAUUAUGCUGAUACUGUUGCUUUUUAUCAAAAAGCAUUAACAAUAUUGGAAAAGACACUUUCUUCAAAUGAUGCUACAUUAGGAACUACUUACAACAAUAUUGCUGUCGCCUAUGAUUGCAUGGAUGAUAAAAACAAUGCUCUUUUAUUUUAUCAAAAAUCUUUAUUGAUUCGAGAAAAAAUCCUUACGCCACAUGAUCUAUUAUCAGCUCCACUUUAUAGUAGUAUGGCUUCUAUUUAUUCAUCUAUGAAUAAGAAAACAGAUGCUGUUAAAUUUUAUGAAAAAUCACUUGAGAUUCAAGAAGCAUCAUCAUCUCCAAAUCAUUCAUCUUUGUAUGUGAUUCAUUUCAACACAGCAAGAGACUAUGAAGAUCUCGGCAAUUAUAAUGCAGCUAUUAAACAUGCUGAACGUUCUCUUUUUCAUGCUCGUUCAGCUUUCGGUUCGAAUGAUGGAAAAGUACAAAAUUUUCAAAAUUAUAUUGACAUUCUCCGCAAAAAAUUAUAA